AUGGCUAGCUUAGCUAUGACUGUGAGGAAUCUCGCCACCGAUCAAUUUGCACUUCUCCAGUUUAAAGACCAUAUCCUUGAUCCUCACAAUGUCUUGGCAAACAAUUGGACAGCCUCCAGCUCUGUUUGCAACUGGCUUGGUGUUUCUUGUGGUGUCGGACAUGGAAGGGUCACAUCCUUGACUCUCCCAAACAUGAAUUUUACAGGAACUAUCCCUCCACAUCUUGGAAAUCUCUCGUUUCUACUCUAUCUCAACUUGAGUAGGAACAAUUUCUAUGGCAAUCUACCCCAAGAAUUGGGGCAACUUCAUCGUUUGAGGCUCAUUCAUUUAAGCUUCAACGGCCUUAAUGGGGUGAUUCCAUCAUGGCUUGGGAAAUUACAUAGAGUUGAAAAGUUGAGAAUGAAAAAUAAUAGUCUCACAGGGCACAAUUCCUCAAACACUUGUUAA